AUAAAGACCAGGGCUUUUAACACGGUGAUCACUGGCUUUUCCUGCCUCAUUUUCACGCCUUUAGUGCUUUGCCAUGCCCCCAGGCAUGUACACCCCUCCGUAGGGGGGCAGGAGAAGCAGGACCCCUCUGCCCACAGGGAGGGUCCACAGCUAGUGAGGUGCCUCCAUUUGGAGAAGCUUCUGGAUCGUGACCAAUUAUGGCCAACAGACAGGGUCCACGACUGAUGAGGCGCCUUGGCUCAGAGAAGCUUCUGGAUCAUGACCAGUUGUGACCACAGCUCAGAUCAAACCUGGGUAUAAACGGCACACCGCUGAGACCCCCCUUGAGCGGUCUGCUCGGAGCAGCGGGUCUGUGUUCAAAGCCCCAGGGUUGGGAUGCCACCUGAGGAAACUUCCUCGGAUUGAGUGCCCUCACCUCCUUUUGAAAGCUGCACAUCUGCAGAAGUUGUUGCUGCUGUUGAUGUGAACACUCUUGCCAAUGAAGUUUAUAAGCACAACUUUCCCAGCACGCCAUUAUGGGCAAAAACAAUUGAGAAUUGGCCUGCAAGGUGAUGUAUCUGAUCCACGGACAAAGAGCUUUCUCUAUAUCCUUGAUAUUCUCCCAAGGCUCCAGAAGCUUCCAAAAUACCUGCUUCUAGAAAAUGUUAAAGGAUUUGAAUCCUCUUCUGCCAGAAAUGAACUUUUGCGAACACUAGAAACAUGUGGAUUUAAAUAUCAAGAAUUUCUCUUGUCUCCAACAUGUCUUGGCAUUCCCAAUUCUAGGCUGCGGUAUUUUCUCAUUGCAAAGCUUCACCAAGAACCAUUUUCCUUUCAAGCUUCUGGUCAGAUAUUGACAAGAUUCCCAGAUCAGGAUCUAGAAGACUUAUUGAAUGACAAAGUCACUGACAAAGUGGGUGAAGCUAGUUCUUCCUUGUCUUCUGAAGAGAAGAAUCUGGAUCGAAACAUUGCCCCUGAUUGCAGCAGCAAGAAGAGUUUACCAAAAGGGCCCUUUCUUUUUAAGCUUGAAACAGUUGAACAAAUUGAAAGGAAACAUGGUCAGGACAAUGAUUCCUCUAUUCAAAUGCUAAAGGAUUUCUUGGAAGAGGAAAAUGAAGAGAUGAUUCAGUAUUUCUUACCACCAAAGUCCUUAUUGCGCUAUGCUUUCUUGUUAGACAUUGUUAAGCCCACCUGCCGGAGAUCCACAUGCUUUACAAAAGGGUAUGGACACUAUGUAGAAGGGACAGGCUCAGUUCUGCAGACAGCAGUAGAUGUACAGCUUGAAUCAGUGUUUAAACACAUUGAGGAGUUGUCAGAAGAAGAGAAGCUUAUGAAAUUGUCAACACUAAAACUGAGGUACUUUACCCCGAGAGAAAUAGCAAAUCUUCAUGGAUUCCCUCUGGAAUUUGGUAUGUGCUGCAAAGUACCCAUUUCUUUAUCAUUCUUCAGAAGUGCCAAAGUAGUUUUUUUGCUGGGGCCUCAUCCAUGCUUUUUAUUUUGCCUUUUUUUUUUUGGACUGCUCAAUUCUUAUGAUUGAUUCUUGUUAUUUGGCUAACUCUGAAUUUCUCUGAAUUUCCACUAGUUUUUUGUAUUUUAUAAGAGCCAGCUUCUGUGGUUAGGUUCAUCUUCGUAAACUAAGAAAAAAGCUUUGGCAUGAGAAAUGUUCUAUUACUGAAUAGCAAUGAAGGAAUACCUUUGUUUAAAGUUGAAACUAUUUACUCAGCAGCCAACAUUACUCACAACUAUGGUAAGUCAACAUAUCCUGCCAGUUUAGGAGGUCUGUUGGUGGUUCUCAGUGUUUGAGCUGCUUGCUUUCUCCCUUCCACAUGUUUGCAGCUGCUGACAGAAAUGGAAUUUCAGAAGAUACAGAUGGUUCUUUGUUCAGGAGUAACCAAACUCUUCAGUUAAUGAUCUUUUAAGUCAUCCCUGUUUUCUAGAAAAGGCAGUCCUAGCCCUUGGUCAGUUACUUCAUUAUCUAACCAUUUUUGUGGAGAAGAGGGAGUCAAGGAACAAGACUCAGCAAUACCAGUACGUUGGACACAGGUCAACCAGAAUUACGCCUGAAAUAAAUUCACCAGAAUUCCCCUUGUGAAGAAAAGCAGGCAAGAAAGUGUAGCUGUUACUACCUUCUAAGGAGCUUGGCCUGCUGCUGUCACAUCAGAUCAAUUUACUGUCUCUCAGCAACACAAGCAUCCAUAGAACAGGACACCACCAACCUUGAGUAAUUUGUUACAUUUUUCUUUGACUUCCUCAGUGACUACUGAGUUCUAAGGAGUGCUAACAGUUUUUAUAUAUUUAUUUCUUUUGUAGUUUUAGUUUGUUUUCUCAUUUAUUACUUACAGUUAUAUUCAAAAUCACUACAUUCAAAGAACAUUAUCAAGGUUGCAAAGUCAAAUGUUAGAGUUGCUGAAACUAAGCUUAAUUAUUUAAGAGUGUUUGCAGGAGCGUGCUGCGUCGAGUUACAUGCCAACAUGCGGGAUUUUUUCAUUACUUAGUCUGUUCCAUAUUGCUGUAGGCUGAUGUAAAGAAACUUGAGCUAAACAGGGAUGGAUUGGGCUUGUGUAGGUUUAUCGUGGUAUUCAAGAUUUUUUUGAGCACAGAAUUGCCCAUUUUCUUUUUUUUUUUUUUUUUUUUAAAAUACAGCUUCUGUUUUCCAAAUGUUAAAUCAGUCUUUGCAACAUCACCCGAGAGGUGUAGUAGGGUUAAUACUGCUUGUAUUUUACAGAGGGAGAACCGAGACAAUGGAGAAAUUUAUGUUUAGAAGACUCCGUUAAUUUAGGGUGAUCAGUUUGCGAAACCUGACCUUUACUAUUUCAGAGUGCUUGGAAUGAUGCCAUGCCUUCUCUGUUCAGAGCUCAUCUUCAGGCACAGCUGUGACCUUCAAUAUUUUUGCAAACCAGAACUGAACUCUCAAGACAAAUCAGGCUUCUGAAUUUGAGGAGCAUCCAGAUCAUCGCCAUCUACAAAGUGCUCAUUGAGCAAACUUGUCUUUUGUCACCUGGGAACUGCAGAGGGAGGGAUACGGACAGAUUCCACCUCUUGGAGGGCAGUACCCUCCUGCCUUAAUCAUGGGACCUUCUUUACAGUUCUUGCAGUUCCCUGCCUCGCUAUACUACUUUGCCAACUUCCACAACACAUAAAAAAAGCCUCUCUCAUCCAGUGGCUUCCUCUCACAUAUACUCCUGAUUCAUAGGUGGAACAAGCUUUUCCCAGUGCACUGAGUCACAAGUCUGACAUUUCCUUUGUGUUUAAUCUAAGACAUUUCCCACUUUGUUAUUCAGUUGAUUGAAAUCUUUGGUGAAUUUAGGUGCUAUAAUCUAAGUUUCUUUCAAGGAUCUGCAAGCUAUGAUUAUUUUUUUUUUUUGAAAGUUGCUAUAUUUAUGGCUACAGCAAAGGGUGUUUCCCACUGACAGCAUUUCUCCCAUGUUAAAUUUCAAGUCAUUAUUGUGAAGUGUCUUAUCUUCAGAGAGAAAUGUGCUAUAAUUUCUCUGCUCCUUUGUUCUGUAGUGACAGCAACAUUUGGGCUGAAAUUUUCAACAACAGAAAGCUUGGAGAUGUACCCACUGCAAAUAUGUUGUUGGUCCAAGAAGCUAAAGAA